AUGCACGCGACCCGCCCUGGCGACCCGCCCGCCGACGGAAGCUGCGACCUGGAGGAGGGCGCAGGGGAGGCGGAAGAGGAAGAGAAAGCCGCUUCGGCAGGGGACAGCGGCGAACUCGAGCCGGAGGUGAGCUGGCGGUCGAUGCCGCACCGUCCUUCUCUCCUCCCAGACGGUGAGCGCCCCGCCAGUGCCGGCGCGUCCGCCUCCGCUGUCUCGUGUCUCCUCAGCCCUGACACCAGCUCCGAACGCGCGCCGGAUGCUUUCGACGGCGCGGAUGACGAAGGGCCGUCAGUAGAGAGCCCGCGCACUCUGCUGGAGCUCCUUCAAGAGACUUCGCACGAGGGCCUGCUGCAGGCCCUUCGCCCCGCCGGGGCGCCGGGGACGGGUAUCUCCGACGGGGACCCCACAGACCCCGCACACGAGGGCACUCUGCAGCUGCCCCUGCUGCUCUCCGACGAGGCGGCGCAAACCUGCCUCGACAGGCCUCACCGACCUGAGGCGCGCUCUGCAGACGUGCAGCAGAAGCCAGGGCGCGGUGCGGAGGCGGCCGCUGAAGCCCAAGUCCGCGGAGAUGGAGACAGCCUCACGUUUCGCGACUUUCGCCUCGCGCCACAGUUGCUCAAGAGCCUCGACAACCUCGGCUUCGAGAUUCCUUCGCCGGUGCAGUGCGCCGCCGUUCCUGCUGCGCUGGCGAGACGCGACUUGAUCGUUCAGGCAAAGUCUGGCACUGGCAAGACCGUCGCGUUUGCGCUCUCGCUGCUUCAGCGGCUGGUGCACGAGGUCGCGGCGUCGCGCGAAAGCGCGAGGGCUGCGGCUGCCGCCCCUUUCUGCGCGCGCGUCGCACACCCUCGCGCUUCGGCGCCUGUCUCUCCUUCGCAGUCGCCGUCGUCUGCCUCUGCUGCUCCCUCAGCGACGGCUGCGCCUGCUCAGUCUUCGCCGAGCGAGGAGGAGAGUUCUGGCCUCGCGUUCGGUCUCGUGGUCACUCCCACGCGCGAGCUGGCAGUCCAGGUGGCGAACGAAAUCUUCCGCCUCGCGUGGUUUCUUCGAGCACCGCGUGUGCGGCUCGCAUGCCUUUUUGGCGGGCGCCCGUUGGCGGUCUGCCAGGAGCAGCUGCGGGAGCGUCCGCACCUUCUCAUCACGACGCCAGGGCGGCUGCUGAGUCUGCUGCGGAGCAAAGCGACGCAAAAAAUUCUAGCUGCAUGGCCGUGUGUGUGCGGCGCGCGGAGGAAAGGACGAGCGCCCGCCCACGCAGCGCGAGACACAGAGGCACUGGACGCAGGAAACGACCACGGAGACGCAGGCACAGAGACAAAGCCGCAUGGCGACGCUCAAGCCCCGAGCGCGGAGGCCAAGUCCGACGAGGGCGAGCAGCCUCUGGCAUGGGAGAAGGAGGACAAGAAAGAUGACGCAUUUUGCAGGCCAUGCCGCAGAAUGGCCGCGGCUCGUCGCCUGAAGCAGCACUUGCGCGUGUUUGUCGUGGACGAGGCAGACCUCCUCUUUGAUGAAUUCUUCCGCCCUCAGAUGCAGGCACUCCUCACGUCGCUUCUGACGCGGCGGAUGCAGGUUUUGGCGUUUUCGGCUACGUUUCCGCCGCCGCUUUUGUGCUUUUUUGAAGAGCUCGUGGAGACCUUGGACACCAAGUGGCUCGCAGCGGAGGGCACGCGGAGGAGAAAAAAAGACGAGGACAGUCUCCGCCAAAGGGCGCUUGCGUUCGUGGCGGCGCACGCGGAGGCGCAGAGACAGGGCGCGGGGACUCCCGAACUGGCGAGAGCCUACGUCGGGCGAGUCGAGGUCGGCGCGGGCCGCAGCGGCGCAGGCGCCCACCACGCGCCUCCCGGCAAAGAGGCGGUAGCUACAGACGCGGCGGCCGCACACAUGAAAGCCGUCGCUCAGGUAGGCGAUGGCCUGGCGCCUGCUACGCUGCGGGAGGACCCGCGGCCGCAGAUUUCUGCGGCGAGCGGUGGCGCCCUGCCCGACCCCGACGCUGUGCCGGGCGAGUCGCCUGCACUGGAUGGACGUGGGGGGCGACAGACCGACGAACGCGCCACCGCCGAAUUCCUCAGCACGGCAGGGGGUGUGCCGAAGGAGCGGCCGGCAGGUCGCGCCGCCGGCGCCGCGGCUUCAGAGCCUGAGGCUCCCCCCGAGGAGCCUCGCAAGUUUGAGCGCAUCCUCCUUUGCUCGUCGUUCAUUCUCCACGACAGCAAGCGGAAGCGGGAAACCGAACGCCGCGCGAACGCAUCGGAACAGACCGCCCGCAGUCGCGCGCUGGCGGCGGCCGCGUCUUCCUCGUCGUCGUCUUCCGUGGUGUCCGCUCGCGCGAAACGGGCCGCUGAGCUGGCGCGACUCUACGCGACAGCUCAGCCAGGCGCUCCACGAAGGGAGGCUCACGAAUGCGCUCCGGCAGCUCAGGAUGGCGAGGCGCAGAGCGGUGGCAAGCCGGGUGACGCGACCGACUCGCCAGAGACUGCCAGGGCGGCGGCCGGGGACUUGCGACAGACUGCGCCUGACAGAGAAGGAAGUGAGGAAAGAGAGGACCGCCGGGCAGCGGGCCGCCCGGCAGCAGGGGAUGAUGAAUCGCCCAUGGACACAGCGGCAACGCCAGAGAGCGGCCCUGAAGAGGGCGAACAGCCUCUCGCGUGCGCAGGCGGACGCGGGAGCGAAGCCGCGGACGGCGCGCUAGCGCACGAGGGGGGUAAGAGGCUGCCGAGAAAAGGCGUGAGCAAGGGGGAUGAGCCGAAGCUAGCGGAGGGACCGACACCGGCUACGCCAGCAGAAGGCAGGCAACGCGCGGGCGCCCAAGCAACCGCGAAGGCGGCCGCUGAGGCUGAAGCCAGCGCAGAUUCACACAAAGAGGCGGGACCCGUUGCUUCAGUGACUGCGUCAGCGCCGCCACUCGCUGAUGUUGUCCCUGGGUCGCCGGACGAGUCUGUGUUAACGGCUUCACAGCCUCCUUCCACCUCGUUUACGGCCGCUGCCUCCGCGUCAGCUCGGGUGGCCUCGUAUUCUUCAUCGUCUGUGCUAUCGCCUCAUGCCUCGUCUUCUACCGGGUCGCCGCCGUCGCAGUCUCCGUCGUCAGGUGCCGUCGAUGCUGCCGAGCCUAAUGACCGCGAAGAACGGCGAAAGUGUCAACCUGCAUCCGCAUCGCUUCCGUCGCCUCUCCUGGCUGGCAUCCAGUAUGCACUUUUGCUUGUUCCCGACGAGCCGUCGCCCAUGCGCCAGCUGGGCGCUAAGGUUCGGGUACUCCUCCGCGUCCUGUCGACCCUCCGAUUCCGACAAGCGAUUGUUUUUUGCAACAGUUUUGACUCGGGAGCGCAGGUCGCGAACUGCCUCAACCAGCUAGGCGUUGGCGCGAUAUAUACCAGCGCACGUCUGCGUCAGGAGGAUCGCGUGCGGGCCUUGCUUGCGCUGAAGCGAGUUGAGUGCCGCGUCUUGGUCUGCUCGGAUGUCAUCAGCCGGGGAGUUGAUGCUGUCGGUGUAGAUCUGACAGUCAAUCUCGACUUGCCUAUGGACAAACAAACCUUCCUGCACCGCAGCGGGCGUGCUGGACGCUUUGGCGGCGAGGGUUUCUGCAUCUCGAUUGCGUCUGAAGAGGAGGGUCCGUACUGGCGAUAUCUAGCUGCGUCCUUCAAGAUCUUCCUCCACUCGUCGCUUGACGCGCUCCGUCGUUCCGGCCGGCGACACGCUGCAGCGCAGCCCGAUGCGUCCACCGGGCGUGGAGACAGCGGAUACAGAGAGCGGCACGAUAAGACUCCGUCUGCUUCCUGCGCUCGUCAGCAGAGGACGGGGCACACUGGAGCGCGAGGGUCCGGCGAGGCUCGCGAUACAAGCACCUGCGAGAAACUGGAUAUACGUGAUGGGGCGAAUGAGGGCUUCGUCCGCAACUGCACACCCCCUGACCUCGCCGCGGGCGCGCCGGUUUCGCCGGGGUUCUGGCCGUGGAUCGUCGUCGCCGAUGCUGGAGACAGGCACUCAGAUUACGGGAAAAGGACAAUUUUUCGCAGAGCCCCAUCGCUCGCGUUCGACUGCUCUCCUCGGGUGCCGGGUCCAUAA